AUGAAUGCUCGUUUUUCAUCAUCAUGUCAUUUGUGUUUGGUUCUUAUUUUAACCCGCUUGUUUCAUUUUUGCUCAUCUAGUCAAAAAAUUGAUGAUGCAUUAUGCUUGGAUGUCGAGAGAAACGCACUUCUUGAUUUCAAACACGGCCUCAUAGAUGAAGCAGAUCGACUUGCUUCUUGGAUCAGUGAUCAGGAGAGUGACUGCUGCAAAUGGGCUGGAAUAGUAUGUGAUAACGUUACAGGUCAUGUUCGUCAAAUACAUCUUCCAGGACUUAAUGGAGAUUGCGCGUAUACAUCAAGUUACAGCUCCUACGAAACAUACGAAAAAACAUUAAAGUUUCAUAGGAUGAGAGGAGAUAUAAAUUCAUCCUUGUUGCAUUUAAAGCAACUUGAACAUCUAGACUUGAGCUGCAACGAUUUUGGAGGGAUCCAAGUUCCUAGUUUCUUAGGUUCCCUUGGAAACUUGAACUAUCUUAAUCUCUCGAAUUCUAACUUUAGUGGAAUUGUCCCUCCUCAACUUGGAAAUCUUUCUCAACUCAACGUCUUGUCUCUUGGAAUUUCGUGGUAUGAUGAGGGAAAACAAACAAGUAUGACAAGUAUGCAAUGGUUGUCAACGCUACGUUUGUUGCAUCACCUUGAUAUGAGUGGUGUGGACCUAAGUGAAGCAACAGAUUGGUUUCAGGUGAUCAAUACUCUUUCUAAUUUAGUCGAACUUCGUCUGUCUGGUUGUGAACUUUCAAAUAUAUAUCCUGAUGUUCCUAGUCUUAAUCUUACAUCCCUUACUUUGCUUGAUCUUUCUUUUAACAACUUUAAUACCUCUGUUCCAAAUUGGAUAUUUGGUAUAAAUAGUCUGGUUACUUUGGAUCUAAGUCAAUGUAAUCUUCAUAACUCUGUUCCUAAUAGUACUUAUAGUUUCCGUAACUUGACAUCUCUCAAGUUUCUAUAUGUUUCCGAGAAUGAUUUCAUGAACUCUUCGUUGUUACUGAAAGAGUUGUCUAAUACUAUAGCUAGUAAUCUUGUUUUGUUAGAUAUAAGUUCUUGUGGUAUUUCAAGUUCUGUUCUUGAUUCCCUUCACAAUUUGACCUCUCUUCUUAGCCUUUACCUCUCAGAUAACUUACUCACCAAGAUGAUACCAAAAUCUUUCGCUGAUCUUUGUAAUUUGAGAGAGAUCAAUUUGUCAGGCAAUGAUUUUAGUAAUAUUAGCUUGAUGUACCUUAUUGAAAGUUUUUCUGAUUGCAAAUCCCCUCGUUUGGAGUCCUUAUCCGUCGGGAAGUCAGGUAUAUAUGGUCAUCUACCGGAUAAACUUGGACAUCUAAUACAUCUGAAGAUCCUAGAACUUUCUUAUAACCGUAUUUCUGGUACAAUUCCAGAUGCCAUAGGACAGUUAUCUUCUAUGUGGGCAUUAUUACUUCCUGAAAAUCUAAUUUCUGGUCCUAUUCCACUCUCAAUCGGACGACUGUCAUCAUUGGAGUAUUUGUAUCUUUCAGAUAACCAACUGAACGGCAGCAUUCCUGAUAGUCUUGGUCAACUUUCCAAGUUGACUAAUUUGGAUAUUUCUUACAAUUUGCUAACAGGUGUUGUGACUGAAGCUCACUUUGACAAAUUAGUGAACUUGAUAUAUCUAAACGGAAAAGGCAACAAUUUAACUCUAAGACCUCGACUUCCAACCUGGAUUCCCCCUUUCCAGCUGCAGAAAUUGUAUUUGAACUCUUGGGUUUUAGGGCCUCAAUUUCCAUUGUGGAUUCAAAAGCAGAAAGAUUUAAUAGAGUUGGAUAUAAGCAACACACACAUUACAGAAUACAUGCCCGACUCAUUUUGGAGAUCGUUCACCAACUUAGAGUGUUUAGAUAUGUCUCAAAAUCGUAUCCAGGGGACAUUGCUGAGUAUCCCUGUAACACUUCGUUUACUUGACUUAAGUUAUAACAAGUUUGGUGGAAAGUUAACUCAUCUCUCUAAUGGUUCAUUUCCGAUUUCUUUGGAUCUAUCAAAUAAUUUAUUUGCAGGAUCAUUACACCAAUUACUGUGUUCCAAUGGCGAGAAAGAAACACAAGCUCUUAAUUUAGGAAAUAAUAAUCUGUCUGGUGUCAUUCCCGAAUGCUGGCAGAACUGGCCAGAUUUGCAAUUCUUAAGCCUCGGGAACAAUAGUCUGUCUGGUACAAUUCCAAGAACUUUGGGUUCAUUAUCUCGUCUUAGGUCAUUAAGCAUAAAUCAGAAUAGAAUAACAGGUAAAUUACCGGCUUCUCUAAUGAAUUUGACAAAGCUAGUAAUCCUUCAACUAGGUAGAAAUGAACUUAUUGGAAGCAUUCCAACAUGGUUAGGAACAAAACUCUCCUUUUUAAGACUUCUCAACCUCAGAUCCAACAACUUUGAUGGAAUCAUUCCUCAUGAGCUUUGUUUUCUUACAAAUAUUCAGAUUUUGGAUCUUGCUGAUAACAAUCUGUCAGGAAGUAUCCAAAAAUGUUUCAACAACUUUAGUAUCCUUACUGGAAAAGAAAAUAUCCCCAAUGAUCAGUUUUCUUUCUAUGUGGUUUAUGGCGGAGCAACUAUUGCUAGUGAUCUAUUGGUGUUGAAGGGACGAGAAGAUACAUAUAGCACUAUUCUUGAAUUAGUAAUGUUGUUCGACCUGUCAAGUAACCAACUUGUUGGACAAAUUCCAAGUGAGGUAACCGACCUUCUGAAAUUGAAAUCAUUGAACUUCUCAAGAAAUAAAUUGACAGGAAAGAUACCGAACAACAUAGGAAACCUGAAAUCACUUGAAACAUUUGACGUGUCAGUGAACAGGCUCUCGGGGGAGCUUCCCAUGAGCUUGUCUAGCUUGAGUUUCUUGAGCAACUUCAACGUGUCGAACAACAACUUGACAGGAAAAGUCCCACCAAGUACUCAGCUUCAAAGCUUCAAAGAGUCGUCCUUCUUAGGCAACAAUCUUUGUGGUGCUCCUCUAAAGAGUUGUGCAGUCCGAAUACCUGAUACAAAAGACCAAAAUGAUGAGGAUAAUUCAGAAAAAAUAGAUACGGGCCUGAUUAUUAGUACAGUUUUUGGAUUGGUUGCCGGCUUUUUCAUGAUUGUAACUCCAUUGAUAAUUAGCAAAUCAUGGAGGAUUGCAUAUUUUCAGUUCUUUAAAUUUGUUAUAAGAAAUGAUUCCAAAGAAAAUUGGUGA